GUCCUCACCCGUAAAGAGUUCCGUCUGGGGAGGAGGCAUGGCGGUGGGGUUGCGCCGGGUCUGUCGGGAGGUGCUGCUGGAGCCCCGCUACACGCCGCUGGUGGCCGCCUGCCUGUGCCUGGCGGAGGGCGGCGUCAACCUGUGGGUGAUCCGCAGGGUCCCCUACACCGAGAUCGACUGGCAGGCGUACAUGCAGGAGGUGGAGGGCUUCGCCAACGGCACCCGCGACUACACGCAGCUGCGGGGCGGCACCGGGCCGCUGGUCUACCCCGCCGGCUUUGUGUACCUCUUCCUGGGGCUGUACUAUGCCACGGGCCGCGGGGCCGACAUCCGCCUGGCGCAGCACAUCUUCGCCGGGCUCUACCUGCUCAACCUGCUGCUCGUCUUCCGCAUCUACUGCCGCACCUGCAAGGUCCCCCCGUAUGUGUUCUUCUUCAUGUGCUGCGCCUCCUACCGCAUCCACUCCAUCUUCGUCUUGCGGCUCUUCAACGACCCCGUGGCCAUGGCCAUCCUCUUUCUCGCUGUCAACUUCUUCCUGGAGGACUGCUGGUCCUGGGGCUGCCUGCUGUUCAGCCUGGCUGUGUCAGUGAAGAUGAACAUCCUCCUCUUCGCACCCGGGUUGCUCUUUCUCCUCCUACAGCGUUUCGGCCUUUUGGGCUGCAUCCCCAAGCUCUGCAUCUGUGCUGUACUCCAGGUGGCCCUAGGGCUGCCCUUCCUGCUGGAGAAUCCCGUGGGGUACCUGACACGCUCCUUCGACCUGGGCCGUCAGUUCCAGUUCAAGUGGACAGUGAAUUGGCGCUUCCUCCCAGAGGAGGUGUUCCACCACCGGGCUUUCCAUGCUGGGCUGCUCCUGGCCCACCUGGCUGGCUUGGUGCUCUUUGCAAUGCACCGAUGGCACAGCAGGUCCAAAGAAAGCAUCCUAUCUCUGCUGAAGGAUCCAGCUGAGAGGAAGCACCCAUCCCCUCCCUUGAGUGUCAACAAGAUCAUCUUCAUCCUCUUCUCCUCCAACUUUCUGGGCGUCUGCUGCAGCCGCUCCCUGCACUACCAGUUCUACGUCUGGUACUUCCACACGCUGCCCUACCUGCUGUGGUGCACCCCGACCUCCAAGCUUGCCCACAUGCCCAAGGUGCUGCUGCUGGGCGUGAUCGAGCUCUGCUGGAACACCUACCCCUCCACUGUCUGCAGCUCCCUGUCCCUGCACAUCUGUCACGGACUGGUCUUGCUCCAGCUGUGGUACGGCACAGCCCUGCCACCAGCCCCACAGCCCCCCCAGCCCAGCAAGAAGUCUGCUCCCCUCUCCAGGAAGGCACAGUGAGAGCACGGCUGGCUGGACGAUGGGAAGGGACUCCGGGUCAGCUCCUUCUGCUUGCUCUUCUGCCCACCUUGCUUCCAGGUUGCCCCUGGCCACCCAAGGAGGGCCACGAGCCCUGGAACUGUGUGAAGGAGGCAGUGUGGGAGCCUGUGCUGGGCAGGACUUCUCCAAUAAAGGGGCUCUGGGGGCCCUUCCCUGGC